AUCUAUUAGAAGAAAUGGAUUAACAAAAUAAUAAGAUAAUAUUGACAGGUGAUUAAUCUAAUAAACUAAAAGAAUUGUAAUAAAAGGUAUAAGUAGAAGCACCAAAAUUAUUAAGAGAUGAUUUAAUAUAAAAAUAUUAAAAUGAAGAUCAUUUAGUGAGAUUAUUGAUAGCAAGAGAAUGGAAAGUGAAUGAUGGAUUUGAAUAAUGGAAAAGAUGGGUUGAAUGGAGAAAACAAUAUAGAGCUGAUGAUAUCAAGAUUCAAGAAAUUUAAUCAGAAAUAGAUUUAAGAAAAGCAUUUUGGAAUGGAGUUGAUAAAUUAGGUAAUCCAUGUUUGGUUGUAAAAGCAAAGAGACAUUUUCCUGGUUAAAGUAAUCCUGAUACUUUAAUCAGAUAUUUUUUAUAUAUGAUUGAUUAAGGUAUUCAGAAAGCAGAUUUAGCUGGAACAGGUAGAAUUAGUGUAAUAUGGGACAGAGAAGGUGUUACAACAAAGAAUUUUGAUACAUCUAUGUUUUCAAUAAUGAAAAAAAUGGUUACUUUAGUAUAAGAUAAUUAUGCAGAAAGAUUACAUUAAGCAUUUAUACUCUAUCCAAAUUUCAUAGUUAAAUCUGUUAUGGCUGUUGUUAAACCAUUUCUUAGUGAAAAAACUAAAUCGAAAAUAAUAUUAUGUAAUACAAUGAAGGAAUUACAAGUUUAUUUUAGUGAAAAUUAUAAAAUAUCUGAUGGACUAGUUGAUGAAGAUGUUGAAUAAAUUUAAUAAGACAUUACUGAAGAAGAAAAAAAGAAACUAGAGUAAAUGAUAGCAGAAGAAUAAUUAUUAUAAUCAUAAUGA